AUGUACGGAGGAUCCCCAAACCCGCUCAAGAACAAGCCGUACCGUCGCAACAACGGCUUGGAUCUGUCGCGCCCGGCCGCAGAGAACGAUCUAGCCGGCCUGGGGAUCUCCGAGUACGGCAGCUAUUCACGAUCAAUAUCAGACGUCAGUUUUGUUCCAGUCAAUGGCCGCCACCGGCAUAACCGCUCUACCUCGAACACGUCCCAGUUCUCUACCUCGUCAGGCCUGCAACGACCGACACCGUUGUCCUCGAUACGCCAGACCCCACAGCCGUACACGCCACCUGUAUCUGCAUCAACUCCGCCCUCAGUACCAAGUAACGAGCACGAGAGCUAUGAUAUCAUGUCCGACGACGAGUUCCGCCUGCGGCAGAGCGCGUUUGACUCCACCCGCCGAUCCGACUCGCUCUCCUCAGUUCCAGGAGUAUCCCUGCGCAUCCACACCAACAACUCAUCCACUCGACUCGCCGGCAGCUACUCUCAGUCCUCAGUAUCUCUCACAUCACCUGUGGCGCAAUCACGAGCGAGGGGCGAUACACUCAAGUCUAUAGACACUACCACUUCACCUAGUUCGCGCACAUCAUUCGAUCAGACAUGUCGCUUUAUCCGUGGCGGACGAGACUCGCCUGUCGAUGCGGCCUCGAGAGCUGCCUCGAUCCGCGCCGCGCGUCUGAAGUUCGAAGAGGAUGAACGUGCCAAAGAGCGCAAGUACGAGAAGGAAACACACAAACAACUGGAACGGGAUUACCGGAAACAGCUGAGGAAAGAAGACCAUACCACACGCAAGUCUGAGACGCUCGACAGGACAGACGACUACAAGCGCUCUCGAAGUGCAUCCGACACCCAGAACGAAAAGACACCAAGGCCUUCUGUAGGUGGACGCCAGUACUCAGACCACCGCGAGGCACACUCCAACUCGCUCCCAAAGUACGUGGCCACCGUGGACCCAGAGAAGCAAAGCGGCGCGGUGCCCAAGGUGACUAAGAGCCGUGCGGGAAGAUGGCUGAGAUUCGUCACCUGGUUUAAGACGAGAUUGCUGCGCAUGUCGGGCGGGUAG